GUGCGGGAAGCCCAUACACAUCGAGAACGCCAUGCCCGGGGCCAGUGACGAUACGAGAAUGCGCUACAACUGCGUGAAAAAUUACAAGAGGAAAGCCGGCACAUCCAGUCUGGUCGUUUGCCACGAAAACAAGACCACAAAAACAUUUCAAUGGGUCAGGAACCUGAUUUGCAUUCGAGAUCCAGCAAAGCCAGAAUCUGAGCACGUGACCGAAGAGGCCAAAAAAGAAACAGAGAGGCCCACACCAGCUAGUCAGCCAGCAUCUCCAAAGCCUAGCGCGCACCCUGCCGCGGUCUCCGGAGACCCGUACGGAAGCGAGACCACCCCAAGCACAGCCACGACGCAACUAAGGACAACCAAGCCGUUCCGGGAGGAGCCAACCACGAUGCCAACUCCCCAGGAGACUGGUGGAGGUUUUCUUGGCACCCAUGCUGAAACUGUUACAGCGUGCAAAGCAACGAAGCGCAAAGACUCCCAGCCCAAGAGUACCAAGCUGCCGUUCGGUGCUUUCUCGACAGAAAUCGGCAACGUGACAGCCGUCCCGUCCAGGAACACCCCUGGGAGGACCACACGGGGCUCCCAGGCGGACAUCCGACAGGGACAAACAGGUGUUUCCCACCUUCCGGCCAUUCUGACGCCUGUAGCGCUGAUCCUCUUGGCUGUAAUUCUUGGGCUGUGGUGGUUUCGCAGAAAACGCGGGGUCAACUUCAAAUCGGGCGGGGAUCUGAAAAGCCACGGCUCCGUGUUGUCCGCCGCUAUCGGGCGACAGGGCGACGUCACCUUAGCAGAGAUCCCAGGGGCGGAGAGAUCAGGGGAAAGAGGGCAGAUGAUCUCAGCGGGCACGGACACAGAGGGCGCGGGACCUGCCGACGAAGGGGUGCCCAUGCGGCCGUCAGACUGUGCCACCUCGACCGGCUGA